AUGGGUGGCAGCAAGAAAAAUCGACGCAAGAACCCAACCGACGACGGCGGAGUUGAUCUCCUCAGCCUUGCUUUCAAUCUGCCCACACGCCGCGACAUCGAGCGUGCAGAUAGAGAAGCGGCCCAAGCCCAAUCGCACUCGCAGAGUAUCAGAAUUCAAUACGACCCAGGCGAUGAAUCGAGUGACAAUGAGUCGCUGUCGACACUCGAUCUAAAUGCCAGCAAACCAACCGCGGAAGAAGUCGAUGAGACCCCAAAGGCUCAAAAAUCAUCCAAGCCUCGCCCUGAGCGCCAAUUGAAGCCAAAGGGGCACAUCUUCCAGCGCUCUUCUCCCAGACACAAGCCAAAGAGAGUUGAUGCUGAGCCGUCACCUACUUGCCGAGCCUCGAAGCGAGACUCCUCCAAGGCUCGUGAAAGAUCCUCUUCGAGCCCAGCCACUCUCCGAGCUUCGUCUCCUGCCUCUUCCAUCCCAUCUUCAGCUACUUUCCCGCGGUCCACCUCCAACUAUUCCCAACCGCAGUUCUACCAACCCGUGUUUGCUUUUCCUGCGGGCUCUGUGUAUCCCCCGACACAAUAUUAUCCAGCUUUGACAAAGGCCGAUUCUGCCUCUGAUGCUGUUCAGCAUGUGCCUUUUCCUCUGUACACACUGGCCCCUACAAACAUGCCCAAAUCGCAUCAACCUAGCUCAAUUUCUCAGGAGGUCCAACGCAUUCAGAGCAAGCUCGAUAAAGUGGUGGUAGAGCUCUCUAAACACCCAGAAGAUGCCACCUUGAGAAGCGAGCUAUCAGCUUUGCAAACAGAGCUGAAUACUCGACUGAACACGCUGCUCGGCAUGACCCCUCCGAAGGAAGCCAACAUGUCCGAAAACUCUGAGCUUCGCGAUUCGAAGACAAAGCCCAAAAAGUCUACGACUCAGUCUCACUCUAUAACUGCUCAGAGAGAGAUGAGCCCCAAGAGAAAAAUGCGCCAUCAUCUUUGCACAGGCUGCGGCAAAGUUCGCUCUUCCAACUAUCACACCAAGCACCCAAUUGUUCCGGGAGGCAGGCCGUCUAUGAAUUACUGUGAAGACUGCUUCGAAGAAAACGUUGAGGAUGGGGCUUUGGACCAUCAUUUCUGCUAUGGGUGCGGAAAUGUCAGAUCCAAAGAGUUUCAGAGAAACCACCCAAUCUCGAAUGGCGAAAGGCCUUUUCCCAAUUACUGCUCGGUCUGCGUGGAGGAAAUCCGAUCUGCCGAGGCCAUCGCAGACGUCUCUAUGGUUGAUUUUGCGCCGAGUCGUUCCCACAAGAGCAGCUCAUAUACUGGUUCUGCCCGCAAUCGCACUCGGAAUGGUGUGCCCGCAAAAUCAUCGAACUCAGGGCCUGGUCCAGAAAACCAUCAGAAUCAAUUGGAUACUUUGCUUUUCUCGGCUCAUACAAAUGGUAGCAACGAUGUUAGCUCUCUCGAAGCAAAGAAAGCUCCGCAACCGCUGAAGCUUUCGACAAACGGCCCUCAGCUCAGCCCCUCGAACUCCUCGCCUGAUUCGCCCUACUAUCCAGUUCGCAACACUGGAUCAUCUCAGAGACGGGCAGAGCGGAGUCCUCUAAGUAGCCCAGGAAGUCAAUAUGGCAGCUCUCCAAAUACUUCGACGACGCCAAGAUACCAGGCUCCUUAUGUCGAAGAUAUAUUCUCACCUAUUCACCAAACAAGCAAGCUGCCAAUAGAUAACCGUAAUUCCUCCAAAUUCUCUUCUUACGGCCACAGAGGGAACAUCUUUCAUCCAGCGGCUCCUGAAGAUGAGCAGGAAUCAGUCAUUCGCUCCGACAAAGCCCCCCACUCUGAAAUAUCCGAAGAAGCAUCCGAUAAUUCUACGGAGAGUCACACUUCCACUGAUGAUUCAGCCCAAUCCACUGGAAGCAAGAGUGUGAAAUUCAGAUCAAAGGUCGACAUUCGUCUUUCAGACUCUCGCGCUUCAAGUAAUGCCUCUUCGCAUGCCAAGGUUCUUGAGGAAGAUAUCAAGCCCAACGAGGAGACCAUACCCAGCCGCGUGGGUAUAUUUGGAACUUCGCCAAAGAAGUCACAAACUGGCUAUUAUGCAAGAACGCAAGAGCCUUACAACUCUGCCUCCUCUUUUGCAGGAGGGGAUGGGGAUGGCGAAGCUAUCCCUGAGAGAGGUUACAGAGGAGCUUUCUCUAAAGACAGCCCUGCAACUUCAUGGCUGCCCCCUAUGUCUAUGUCUAGUGCCAGCGGAGACCAUUGGUACUCAAGUCCUUUUGCAUAUCAAUCUACCACGGCACCCAGCAUAGAUAGCUACACAGGAUUCAACCCAGACAGAAAGUCAACCUUCAACUAUGGCUCUAGCGGUGGGGUUAGAACUGAACCCGGCCGGCCGCCUCUUCGUGCCACUCGCAGUGCAUUUAAUUCAGCAAAUGCCGGCACAGCGGCCGCUUAUCCAGGCGAUGGAGGAGACUGGGAGUCACAAAGGCCUCCUCCUUCCCCAACUGCUAGCUCGCAAGCUCAAGGAUCCCCAGAGUCGCCAAGCAACCAUUGGAAGAGCUAUACGUCGCCCUAUGCCGGAGGACCAAGCACCCAGUCUUCCUUCAGAAAAGGUUCAUCCUGGAAUAAUUUCCCUUCUAGAUUUGACUCUGAUUGUUACGCAAUGCAAGAUGACUCUUCAUUCAGCCAAAGCGUGUUUAGCGACUACUCUCAACCUAGUAGUAAUCCUUACUAUCAGCCUCGCAAACGACCAUUUCCGGAUCUGAAUGAUUACUGCUCUUUUGGCACUUGGGCACCGCGCGUUCCGGGCAAAUGGGCAAAAGACUACCAGAGCACAGCCCAGCCUCCUCAGCAAACGCCGUACUGGAUGUCUGAGCCCAUCAUUGAGGAACCAGAUUCUCCCGAGAGCUCGCCGGGCAAGCGAACCAAUAUGAUCGAAUUUGACGAAAUUGAUAUUUCUCCUGCAUCUGCCAGUAACGUCACUAGUGUACUCUUUCCUGACCUAGGAAGCUUUGUGGACCACGAACAUCAAUCAGAUGAUGACUCUGACAAGGAGAAUGCGAUCAGUAAAAGCAGCCGCGACACCUCAUCUUUCGACUAG